AUGCACUCUCAACCUCAAUCUUCAACACCUUUCUCUCUACUUACCAAAACCAAAACUUUAAACACUUCAUACUUACUUCAUAGUUCAUAGCUAUAGCUCUUUCUUUCUAACUAGGUCCAACAAUGAUUGACUCAAAUCCACCACUCUUGAACCAUUAUGGAGCACUUUUGAGAAAUUCAAAUGAACCUCAAAAGUCUAGAAGCUUCAAUGAUCAAGAUAAUAAUAAUACUGUGGUGGAUACAUGUGAACUACCAUUGAUAGACCUUAAUGGUCUUAAAAGCUGUAAUGUUAGAGAAAGAAUGGCUUGCACUGCAGCAAUAUGCAAAGCAGCAUCAGAAUGGGGAUUUUUCCAAGUGAUAAACCAUGGUAUAAACCCUGACCUACUAAGAAAUAUGAGGGAGGAGCAAAUGAAGCUGUUUAGGGUACCCUUUGAGAAGAAGGUCACUUGUGGACUUCUAAACAAUCCAUACAGGUGGGGGACACCAACAGCUACUAGCUCAAAUCACUUUUCAUGGUCAGAAGCUUUCCACAUUCCUCUCACCAUGAUUUCAGAAGCAGCUUGCUGGGGUGAAUUCAGUUCUCUAAGAGAAGCAAUAAAUGAGUUUGCACCAGCUAUGCUAGAAGUGUCCAGGCUACUGGCAGGUAUUCUAGCAGAAAACUUGGGCCACCCGACAGAUGCAGUUGAAAAACUCUGCGAUGCAAGCACAUGCUUUCUGAGAUUGAAUCACUAUCCUUCCUGCCCAAAAUCUAAAGAAGAAAUUUUUGGAUUAGUACCUCACACUGACAGUGAUUUUCUUACAAUCCUUUAUCAAGAUCAAGUCGGUGGACUCCAACUGAUGAAAGAUUCCAAAUGGGUCGCUGUAAAACCGAAUCCAGAUGCUCUUAUUGUUAACAUUGGAGAUCUUUUCCAGGCCUGGAGUAAUGAUGAGUACAAAAGUGUAGAGCACAAGGUUGUGGCUAAUGACAAAGUGGAAAGAUACUCCAUUGCAUACUUCCUAUGUCCUUCUUACACUACUAUGAUAAGUGGCUGCAAGGAACCUUCAACAUAUAGGAAUUUCACCUUUGGAGAAUAUCGACACCAAAUUCAAGAAGAUGUCAAGAAAAUCGGACACAAAAUAGGGCUAUCAAAGUUUCUUCGUAAAGGCACGUACACGACGACCACCGUUUAGUGCAUUGAACGUUGUUCAACUGGAGGAAUUAAUAGUUAACACUAUAUUGAUAUUCUUUAUUCUAAAGAAAGUUUUUUACCAGUUCAGAUAUAAUAUGUAAAAGUCACUCGAAUUAUAUGUAAGACUAAGAGAUAAAUAUAAAAAAUGAAGGUGGGCUUUACCAUGCACCAACUUAAAAGCAGCACAAUUUAAAAGGAUUUUAUCCUACCU